AACUGACUCUUUUCUUCUUUGUAAAAUCCAAGUGUUCUCCCUUCUCGUGUUGUUUUCUUCACAUAAGUUUCUUCCUUCUUAUUAACAAUUCCGUGUAUCCACACAAAUGAACUUUCGUUUAACGUAAUCACAAUCAGUUGAAAUAGACAAGUAAGACGAUAGAUGGAGUGGACCACGGUGCAGCAUCUGGAUCUGCGAAAUGUGGGUCGGGGCAUCAACAAACCCUUGCAGCCUCACGCCGUGGCAUUUCACAAUUCUCAGGCACUCAUUGCCGCCGCCGUCGGUACCCACAUCAUCGAAUUUGAUGCAUUGACGGGCAGCAAGAUUGCUUCUAUUGACAUUGGUACGCCGGUUGUUCGAAUGGCGUACAGUCCUACAAGUAGCCAUGCCGUGAUUACUAUUGUUGAGGAUUGUACGAUACGAUCUUGUGAUUUUGACACUGAGCAAACAUGUGUUUUGCACUCUCCUGAGAAGAGGAGUGAACAAAUUUCUCCCGAUACGGAAGUCCAUCUUGCAUUAACACCUCUCCAGCCUGUUGUAUUUUUUGGUUUCCACCGGAGGAUGAGUGUAACAGUUGUUGGAACCGUGGAAGGUGGGAGGCCACCAACAAAAAUAAAGACGGACUUGAAAAAACCAAUUGUAAAUCUUGCUUGUCAUCCUCGACUUCCUGUCCUGUAUGUUGCUUAUGCAGAUGGUCUGAUUCGAGCAUACAACAUUCACACGUAUGCAGUUCACUACACAUUGCAACUUGAUAAUACUAUAAAGCUUAUUGGAGCUAGCGCAUUUGCUUUUCACCCAACAUUGGAAUGGAUUUUUGUUGGUGAUAGACGGGGUACACUUUUAGCGUGGGAUGUGUCAACUGAGAGGCCUAAUAUGAUUGGAAUUACUCAAAUUGGUACCCAACCGAUCACAUCAAUUUCAUGGCUUCCAAUGUUGCGUUUACUUCUUACUCUUUCCAAGGAUGGAACUGUUCAAGUGUGGAAAACGCGUGUUAUUAUUAAUCCUAAUAGACCUCCCAUGCAAGCAAAUUUUUUUGAACCUGCUGCAAUUGAAGCUAUUGACAUCCCUCGCAUUCUCUCACAACAGGGUGGUGAAACAGUUUAUCCCUUGCCACGAAUUAGAGCUUUAGAAGUUCACCCCAAACUAAAUUUAGCAGCAUUGCUCUUUGCAAAUAUGUCGGGUGGUGACAACAUAAGAAAUAGGGCUACAUACACUCGGGAGGGGAGGAAACAGCUCUUUGCAGUUCUUCAAAGUGCCAGGGGAUCCUCAGUUUACAGCAAAAAGCGGCACCUAUUUCUCGUUGUUUAUGAAUUUAGUGGUGCAACAAAUGAAGUGGUUCUUUAUUGGGAAAACACUGAUUCUCAGUUAGCAAACAGUAAAGGAAGCACAAUCAAAGGUCGAGAUGCUGCAUUUAUUGGUCCCAAUGACAAUCAGUUUGCAAUUCUUGAUGAUGAUAAGACAGGAUUGUCCUUAUACAUCCUUCCAGGAUUAGCAGCAUUGGAUGCUAAUGAGAAGAAUUUAUUAGCUGAAGAGAACCAAUCUGGGGACUCGAAUGUUCAUGCUAUUCAGGGUCCACUACAGUUUAUGUUUGAUACUGAAGUUGAUCGUAUCUUCUCUACUCCCAUAGAGUCUACUUUGAUGUUUUCUUCUAAUGGGAGCCAGAUUGGCUUGGCAAAGUUGGUUCAAGGGUACCAUCUUUCAACUAAAGAUGGUCACUAUAUCUCAACAAAAUCUGAAGGAAGAAAGGGCAUCAAAUUGAAAGCAAAUGAAAUUGUGCUCCAGGUGCACUGGCAAGAGACUCUCAGAGGCUAUGUUGCUGGAGUCUUAACGACACAAAGAGUGCUGAUUGCUUCUGCAGAUUUAGAAAUACUGGCAAGCAGUUCCGUCAAAUUUGAUAGAGGACUACCAUCAUUUAGAUCCCUCUUAUGGGUUGGGCCUGCUCUUCUUUUUUCAACUGCUACUGCCAUCAGUAUAUUGGGCUGGGAUGGAAAAGUGAGGACCAUUCUCUCUAUUAGCAUGCCCUAUGCAGCAUUGGUUGGUGCCUUGAAUGAUCGAUUGUUGCUUAUUAACCCAACUGACAUAAAUCCCAGACAAAAGAAAGGGGUUGAGAUCAAGAGCUGUCUUGUUGGACUUCUUGAACCUCUUCUUAUUGGGUUUGCCACAAUGCAACAAUUUUUUGAGCAGAAGCUUGAUUUGUCAGAAAUACUGUACCAGAUAACAUCAAGGUUUGACAGCUUGCGCAUUACUCCUAGAUCUCUUGAUAUUCUUGCUAGAGGUCCUCCUGUUUGUGGUGACCUUGCUGUGUCAUUAGCUCAAGCGGGUCCACAGUUCACUCAGGUGUUACGUUGUGUCUACUCAAUCAAAGCCCUCCGUUUUCCUACGGCGUUAUCUGUUCUAAAGGAUGAAUUCUUGCGCUCUAGAGAUUAUCCGAAGUGUCCUCCAACUUCUCUUUUGUUUCAUCGGUUCCGGCAAUUGGGAUAUGCAUGUAUCAAGUAUGGUCAGUUUGAUAGUGCCAAAGAAACAUUUGAAGUCAUUGCAGACUAUGAAAGCAUGCUGGAUCUUUUUAUAUGCCACCUCAACCCCAGUGCAAUGCGACGUCUAGCUCAGAGAUUGGAAGAGGAAGGUGGUGAUCCAGAAUUGAGGCGAUACUGUGAGAGGAUUUUAAGAGUCCGCUCCACUGGAUGGACUCAAGGAAUUUUUGCCAAUUUUGCAGCUGAGAGCAUGGUUCCUAAAGGACCUGAAUGGGGUGGUGGGAACUGGGAAAUCAAGACUCCUACUGAUAUGAAGAGCAUACCUCAGUGGGAAUUAGCUGGAGAAGUGAUGCCAUACAUGAAGACUGACGAUGGUUCUAUCCCUUCAAUUAUUACUGAUCAUAUUGGUGUUUAUCUGGGUUCAAUUAGAGGGCGGGGAACUAUUGUGGAAGUAAGAGAAGAUAGCCUGGUCAAAGCCUUUAUGCCUACAGGAAGUGAUAAUAAGCCAAAUGGACCAGGUACAUCUUUGGUUACAUCUAUAUCUGAUAAGUCCAAUGGGGUGCUUGAUGGUCAAUCAAAGACUGGUUCCUUGAUGGGUCUAGAAGCUCUCAUGAAACAAAAUUCUGGUUCAACUGCUGCUGAUGAACAGGCAAAAGCUGCUGAAGAAUUCAAGAAAACAAUGUAUGCUGCUGCUAAUGAUGGUAGCAGCAGUGAUGAGGAGGGAGUAUCGAGAACUAGAAAGCUACAAAUUAGAAUUCGAGAUAAGCCAGCCACCUCUACAACAGUUGAUGUCAAUAAGAUUAAAGAAGCCACAAAACAGUUUAAGCUUGGUGAUGGAUUGGGCCCUCCAAUGAGUAGAACAAAAUCCUUAACUGUUGGAUCACAAGACCUUGGUCAGAUCUUAAUGCAACCUCCAGCCACUACUAGCGGAACUGUUACAGCUCCCUCAAUUUCCAGUCCUGCUGAUCUUUUCAGUACUGAAUCAUGGACCCAACCUGCACCAGUUGCACAGCAUGCUCCAGGGGUCAAGGGUCUGGGAGUCACAGCUGGUCCUAUACCGGAGGAUUUCUUUCAGAAUACAAUUCCAUCACUUCAGGUUGCAGCCUCACUUCCUCCUCCUGGAACUUAUCUUGCAAAACUGGACCAAACUUCUCAAGGGGUUGAAAGCAAUAAAGUAUCACCUAAUCAGGCAAAUGCAUCUGCACCUGAUAUCGGUUUUCCUGAUGGUGGUGUGCCUCCACAAGCUAGUCAACAGCCUGACCUUGGUGUUGAGUCUGUUGGACUUCCGGAUGGUGGUAUUCCUCCACAAGCUCCUAGUCAAGUCAUUCACAUGUCACAGCCUCAGAUUCCACUUCCCACACAACCCCUUGAUCUUAGUGUCCUUGGAGUUCCAAAUUCCAAUGAUUCAGGAAAACACACUCAUCCUGGCUCUCCACCAGCAUCUGUGCGUCCUGGACAGGUUCCCCGUGGGGCAGCUGCUCCUGUGUGUUUCAAGACUGGUCUUGCUCACCUUGAGCAGAAUCAACUUCCAGAUGCAUUAUCUUGUUUUGAUGAAGCUUUUCUUGCGCUAGCAAAGGACCACUCUCGCGGGGCUGAUAUUAAGGCUCAAGCAACCAUUUGUGCUCAGUACAAGAUAGCUGUAACUCUUCUUCAGGAAAUUGCAAGACUGCAGAAGGUCCAAGGUCCAAGUGCAAUCAGUGCAAAAGAUGAAAUGGCAAGACUGUCGAGGCAUCUGGGUUCCUUACCUCUUCUCGCAAAACAUCGUAUAAAUUGCAUCCGCACUGCCAUUAAACGAAACAUGGAGGUGCAGAACUAUGCAUAUUCCAAGCAGAUGUUGGAACUUCUCCUGUCGAAGGCUCCUCCUAGCAAGCAGGAAGAGUUGAGAGGCCUGGUUGAUUUGUGUGUUCAGAGAGGUUCAUCCAACAAGUCCAUAGAUCCACUAGAAGAUCCUUCCCAGUUCUGUGCUGCUACACUCAGCCGUCUGUCUACCAUAGGAUAUGACGUUUGUGAUCUUUGUGGGGCCAAAUUUUCAGCGCUCUCAACACCUGGAUGUAUUAUCUGUGGUAUGGGAAGUAUCAAAAGAUCAGAUGCACUGGCCGGACCUGUUCCGUCACCAUUUGGCUGAGAUUAAAAGUCAGCAAUUUUAAAUUCUCUGCUCCAGAGAAUUCUCAUGGACAAUUGGCAUUACUGUUGUAGAUUUUCACCGACACCAUAACAGAAACUAUCAUCGGAAGAGUGUUUCAAACAGUUUAAUUAUAGUGAUAUUUAGCUGCAUCCAUUUGUGUAUAUGAUUUUUCUUUCCCCUUUUGAUGAAAUGUAAUCGAUUAUGUAACCUUUACCCCAUUUGUUCAUUGUAAUAUUUGUUCCUUCCGAUCUUGUGUUGGCAGAUAAUAUAACUAGUCCACAGUUUUGUAAGAAUUAAAUUCAAUAUUCCACAGUGUGUUAAUGGAAUAGGCACGUGCUGCUUUGCUUGCUUGUGCAGGAAA